AUGGAUAACCUGGAAGAAGUGCUGCAAGCGCUCGACGAAUUUCAGAAAAUGCGGCCGAGCGAAAUACCGCGGGAGCUCGAGGAUUAUCUGUGCUGGGUGGCGAAGACCGGCGAUCCGGUCUACCAAUGGUCGCUGAUCAAAACGUUGUUCAGGGAAAAACUGACACGCGUGAUGACCGAGUUCUACGAAAGCUGCCCGACGCUCGACCUCGCACCUCCGUGCCCGAACGUCGAGCACUUCAACUACGACACAAUGAAGAGCAAUCUCCUCGAGCGACUCGAGUCCUUCGCGAACGCUCCAUUUACUGUUCAACGAAUCUGCGAACUGUUGACGGCGCCCCGCAAGGAGUAUAACAGAGUCGACAAGUUCAUGAGAGCUAUCGAGAAGAAUAUCUUGGUUGUCUCCACUAGGGAGCCCGGACCGAUAUCCAGAAGGAACGAGAACGGCGACAACGGGAUGGUCAAUGGGUCUGUGGACGAGGACGCAUCUGUGACGCAGCCUCCUCAGGACGUUGAGAUGGAAUAUUGGGAGAAGGACUGUCCUUCUACUGUUACAAUCAGCGUGCAUACCGUCGAGAAUGAAACACCGUUGUUACAAACCGUUGUACCAACCAGCACUGUGGUAAAGAAUGUAUUUACCGCUGAGGAAUUGUCCCACGAGAAGGUGGAGUCAACGUCCUCCAAGUCGGACAUUGUGGUAUCAAGCUUUAUACCGACCACCUCAGAAUUCUCUGGUGUCUCAGGCCUGAACUCCCAGUCCCAAACUCAGGACCCACAAAUAGGACCCACGAUACAGAACCUGUCGACCAUCGUUCCUGAAACGUCUGGAAUUAUUAGCGACGUUUCAGAAGCAAUUAUGAACGAAGACACCAGCUCCCAACCUAGUUUGGAAUUGGAAAACGAGGGAGGCGACUCUGCAGACACUUCGAAGAAAUUGCAGACUACUUUCCAGACUAAAGAUUUUAGCUCGAACGAGAGUAAAUUGGCAAAGUUUUAUGUAAAUGAGAAAUCCGAGGUUGAGGCAAUGUCGAUACACAUGCAAGAUGGAUCAAGUAAAAGUAAUGAUAUCCUGGUUAAGUCAGAUGUUGAGUUAAAAGCAGCAUUGGACAAUAAAGAACCAGUUAAUCCAGUUGUUGAAAAUAAUAAUGAAAAUUUGGAGAGCGCAAUAAAGUUAGGUACAGAAGUAGAGAACAUUCAAUCAAUCAUUGAUACGUCUGGUUCGAGUAAGGAGUCACUAGCUUUAGAAAGUACCAGCGUCGGAAGCAUAUCUGCGACAAACAAUUCGGAACAAUCGACACGUAACUUAAUUUUACCUGCUGAUAAUGUUAGUACAGAGGAAACUAUAAGUACAUCCGAGGAUAUGUCAGUAGAUGUGGAGAAUCUGAAAGAUCAAAGUAAAGAAACAGAGUUAGUGGAUUCAAAACCUUUGGUGGAAGAGCCAUGUUCUAAGGCCAGUGCAACAAAAAAUUUUAAUUGUAAUCAAGAGAAAAAUAACUUAACCAUAACAGAAGCUGCAGAAGAUGAGAACAGAGUGGUAAACUCCAUAGUACCUGAUCCAAUUCCUAUAGUUGAAGAACCAAGAGACACAGAAUCUGUUAACAUAAAAGAAGAUAUCUCGCCAAUUGUUGAAAUAACAGAAGAUGUGGAAAACCAAAAUAACAUGUCGAUAACAUGUCAGUUGGAAAGCAAAAAGAAGUCUACUGAAGAUAAUAAUUUAGCACAAUUACAAGGUAACAACAUAACUUCCACCGUAAAUAAGAUAGAGGAUAGUGACGCAAUGAUAGAAAAUGUCAUGACUAAGAAAGAACAGGAAGCAAUGGAAUUAAUGGAAAUAGAUGAAGAAGAAACAUUAUCCGUGUUUCAGCAAGAUGAUGAACCCAUGGAACAAGAAGCAGUACAAUCAUCUAGA